ACCACCACCACCGCCACCACCACCACCACCACCACCACCGGCACCACCACCGGCACCGCAACCACAACCACCACUAGGUUAACUAGGCAACAGGGUAAAUGUAAUGGAGCAGAGAACUGGAAGAGGAAUCGAGAACAUAGCGAUCAAGAUGAGGAAGCUAUCAAGACUGAAAGCUCAGAUAAGGAUGACGAGAAGGACGAGGAAGAGGAGGAGCCUGUUCUCACGAGUCCAACGAAACGAGAUCCUGCGUCGAACAAGAUCCGACUUGCUUCUGCCUCUAUGAUAAGCGAGAAUGUAUCAGAGGUGUUGGACGAUGUAAUCAAGUUGCACUUACGACGUAGUUCGAGAUCGAAGCACCAUAAGAACAAGACGAAGCAUCGCAAGGACAAACGGAAAAAACGGCGACAUUCGAAGAACGGCAUUCAAGAUAGUGCUUCUAUUGGACUAGACAGAUUUGAAUGUAUCAGCGGGAAUGCACCAGAUCUGCGAAACAGUUUGGCAGCGAACAGAGAUUCGAGUAAUCACGAGAUUACCGUAAUCAGUGAAUUAGAUCCUAAAUUAACCGUAGAUGUAGAAAGCUUGAGAAUCGAUACAAAAGACGUUAAACCCCCUACCACCAAGACUGAUCACAUAGAUAGCAUUAGAAUUCGAAACGAUAAUGUAAAUAGUACAACCAACAGCGAGACCAGGUGCGAGGGAAACGUAAUUGGUGUACCUGGCGAUUCGACUAGGGAUACAUUAGAGAAUAAUAUUAUUACUAAGCUGCAUUUCGCCGAUACAACUACGUCUCUUCCAAAGCAUGCAUACAACACUGAGGAUUUGAACAAGGACGUAAAAUAUUUCCUGCAUCCCAGUACCGACGAAACAGUCGAGACACAUGCUGCUGACGCAGAGCGUCCUGAGAAGGAACACGAGGCCAAAUUGACGCGUUGCGCGGAAUCGCACGAAUACAAGGACGUAACGUUACGCGAUGCGUCCAACAACUGCGAAGAUGCGGAGAAUCGCAAAUUGAAAAGAAGACGGAAACGUCCGCGUCACGAUGUGCAAAUCCAAGAGAAGGAUCUCUCCGAAAAUAAUGCUUUAGACGAGGUGACGGUGCAGUUUAAACACCGACGAAAAAAGCACAAACAUACGAACGAGCACAAAAGCAAAAAACAUCACGAUGUACGAAAGGCGCCGCAAGAUGGCAUCGUCAAACAGGAGGAGGCACGAAACGCGUGUCCACCGGAGGCGGCCGAGCUACUAUCUUCGACGGCUCCAGAAAGAUAUGGAAGGAUCGAGGGCGUCGAGGACGCAGAAAAUGCCCCGAGUCACAGCCCCGAAGGUAUCGAUAGCACAGACGACGUCGCGUCCGAGCCACAAAGACUCGCGAUCAAGAUCAAGCUUUGCCAGGAAUGCAACAGUCGUCAUUUGCAGGACGCGUGUCCUUUGACGACAUCACAGUACGCGAUAGCCGAUACCAUCUCUUACGAUAAGUGGUUGAGCAGACAUAAGGAGAAUUUGGAGAUAAUGAAAGCCAUCGCAUCGGAGGAUCCAAUGUCGGAGGGUUAUGGCAGAUUGGCGUACGACGGCUUCGAGUCAGAUGAAGAAUCUCCAACGUCCAACGAACAAUGCAAGGCAAAACCGAAGAUGCAGAGGGAGGAGAAACAGUUGGUAGUAGAGAUGGAUCGACCGCUGUACGCGAGAGAUUCUCUGCCGGAUUGCCUUGAAUUGAAAAUCGCUAAUACCGAUCACGGUCUCGGCAUCUAUGCCAAGAACCCGGUUCCAAUGUACGCCAAGUUUGGUCCGCUUCGCGGCAUACCGGUUAGAGAAAUGGACAUUCCGGAUGAUUUCUCUAUGCGCCAUAUUUGGGAGAUAGAUAAUAAUGGAAAGAGUACAUAUAUCAGUACUACGGAUCCACUAAAAAGCAAUUGGAUUCGAUACAUUAGACCAGCUGAAACGAAAGAGAAGAGAAGCCUCGCGGUGAUCGCUAAGCAUAGCCAAUUAUAUUUUGUUACAACUCAGAAUAUCACAUUGGGAAUGGAGCUGACUUACUGGGUAGAGUCGCAAUCUUCCACGUGGACGAGAAAGAAUAAAAUCAAUAAAACUAAUUGUGGAGGAUGCAAUCUUAUUUUCGCACAUUCGAUAUAUUAUCGAUUGCAUUGCUGCAUCUUUCAUGACAUGAAUUAUAGUUUAACGAUAAGAAAAUAUCAUUGCAAGGUUUGUGGUGCUACAGUGCUCGGCAAGGAUAAUAUUAUGAAACACGCAGCAGAGUUGCACGAGGGUCGCGGCGCAUACCAAUGUCAAUAUUGUAAAAAGUUUUUCUUAAGGCUGAAUUACUUAGAAAUGCACCGAACUUACGGAUGCUCACAGAAUCCGCAUCGGGCGCGGCCAUUAUGCGAUUUCUGCGGCCGCAAAUUUUGCCAGCCACAAAAACUGAAAGUACACAUCAAGAGGAUGCACAGCGAUAUGGCCGAAGUGCUUAGGGAAUUUCAAUGUAAAUUGUGCUUGAAACUUUUGGGUUCUCGAGCAGCUCUACAGCGGCAUAUGAAAGAAGUACAUCACAAAGAUGUUAUUGCUGCGGCCACCUGCGAUCGAUGUGGAAAAAUGUUUCAGAACAAAAGCAAUUUGAAAAUACAUAUGUUAACUCAUAGCGGUGUGAAACCAUUUAGGUGUAAAGAGAAUGGCUGUAAGGCAGCUUUCACUACGAAACAAUGUCUACAAUUCCAUUACAAGAAGGUACACGGCCUUACAGAGGCGAUGAUGCCGAAAAUCGAGAGGUCCGUGGCGUACACCUUUGACGCAUACAGCGGUGGCCUUGUUGAGGACAUGCCUUGUGGAAGGAUCAUUCAUUCCAGCAGAAGAAAUUCACAACAGGACAAUAGCAACAGUUUACCAUCUCUGGAUGACUGCAGCUCGGAGAGCAGUUUGAAAGUCGAGGCAUCGGCACCGGUAUCGGUACCAGUACCGGUAUCAGUACCUGCACCAAUACUAGCACCGGUACCAGCACCGCUAUCAGCACCGGUACUAGCAUCGGUACCAGCACCAAUAUCGAUAUCGUCACCAGUAUCGUCAACAUCAGAUAACUCGACAACCUCAUCAGCACCGAUAUCGAUAUCAAUCUCGGUAUCGGUGUUGGCUUCGGCAUCAACAGCGACAGCGACAGCAGCAGCAGCAGCAGCAGCAGUAAUGACAAGUUCUACUCACAACGUCAUUGUGGAUUCAUUACAAAGUGAGGCAAAUUCUACUGCAAAGUAUAAGACGGAACAUCAAGAGUCUUGUGUUCCGGUUACGCAAACUACUGCAUCCUUGUCCAGUGGACUUGCAACGAUGGAAAAUGAGCAAACAGAAGUUGAUCUAUACGACACAUCGAGGACGUUGAGCAAGGGCAGCAAAAAGUGGCUAACUGAAUUCAAUCCGCCGCCUGCGUCCGACAUCGCUGUUCAUUUACCGGCUGUCUCGGCGCCAUCUUCUGACAUUUAUGAUUUUGAAGAUGGUAGAAAGGAUGGUGGUAGCGAGAAAGCGGUUUCACGUGUCAGUGCGACAGCGUCAAAUUUAUUAGAAAGCAACAAAUUGCGAUUAAACAUAUACCGUAGCAGGACGGAAAGCGCGAAUGCGAGUUUGCUAGUUGAGGCGGCUCUGGAUGCCGCCGAGAGGGACAUAGGAACAGUAUCCAGUCCGAUCUUGGAGGACAAUGAUCGCGAAACCAACCUCUACUCUAUUUCGAACCAGCUACAGUCACCGAUACCGCAGUCGCGAUCGCCGAAUCAUCUAGAUUCAUAUAUCGUACAGCAAGAAGAGCAACUAAUGUCGCCCGCACCAACUCCGGAUGACCGGCAUACUCCUCCUAGCCACUUACACGUAGAUUAUCAUCUGCAUCGACCGGUCGACUACAUCAACACUUCGCGAACGCACAAUAUCGAACAGUAUCUCCAUCAUGAGGAGAUGCCACGCGUCUCUUCACCGAAUUACAUACACAUGCAGCAAGAAGACUUGGUGUCGCCGUCAACUACGCCGAAUCACCGCUACCAGGACGUGCAUCAUCAUCAGGUGCCAACGGAUAAUCUCUCGAGCGACGAGGGUGACUCGGUGGCGCAGAAUCUUAGCUUGUCUGUGAAGGAGAAGGCAUUGCAGCUGGAUCUUUCGACGUCGUACAAGUACGACUCGCUCGAACAAGAUUUCACCCGGGAGAGAACCAAUUUUGAGCCAAUGGUGCUUAAUAGUGGUGAACUUCAAGGUUUAGACAUGUCGGCUCGGGGUUUUCACCACAGUUUUGGCACUCAAAUGCAAAAUACCCGCUAUCAUCAUCAUCAUUUGUAUGACAUCGGUGAACGACAAAGCGUGGACCUCAGCAGAACGGGCAGUUACUCUAUGUCCCCACCCCCACCACCGCCACCUUAUCCGCAUAACGAGGUCGUGCGAGUGGUCAGCUUGGAUCUCACUCCUGGUGGCAGACACAGUGUCGAUCUAAGUCUUUCCAGAUCGCAUCAUCUGCACGGAUCUGGUACUCGUGUCAUUACCAGUUCACAACCCGUUGGCUCGACUACGACACACGUGGUACCUGACGUCGGCGAAGGUCGAAUGCUAUCUCCACCUCCACCUCCUUUAUCAGGAUACAAUCCUAGUUAUCCCGUGAGUCCGGCCCCGUAUCAUCCUCCGAGAUCCGGAUAUCAUCAUUAUCCCGGUUAUUAUUGAUUGUCACUGACGAAUGUCGUGGCGGUUUAUAGUCAACAUCUUCUCAGCAACUUUUAUUAUAGAUACCUUUGGCUCCUUUUACAAUUAUUUUUAUACCAAAUGAUUUUAUUUUGUGAUUGCUAAUUAUUUAACUGUGCAUGGUUUUUACAUCGCGACACGCUCGCAUCGCAGGCGGGAACUGCCAUUUUCAUACAUUAUAAAGAGUAACUCAAAGUUAUGUCUUAAUUUCGUAAUCAAUUUAAUAUCUAAAUCGGUGAUGAUGAACAUUUUGACACACGCGCGCGCGCGCGCGCGAUUAAAAAGUUAACAAACGAAAAAACUUUCGACUUAAGAAAAUAAUAAAAAAAGAAUUCACUAAUAUCGUAUGACAGACAGUCGUAAUAUCGUCAUUUAACGCGACAAAAGUGUACUCGGUAGUCUUGGUACAUCCAGGACACGCACAGAACAGAUAUUAUUUUUUUAAAAAAAGUCAAGUAGCACGAGAUUUUACGAAGAAAAAAUCUAUUCCAGCAUGACGGAGUAUCGAUAGAGGGAAGUUCGUUUAUCCGUAAUUAUAUAGCUGUUAAAUUAUUUAUCGUUUACCCUUCUCCGAUAAGCUGUGUAUGCAGAACAUGUAUGUGUGAGUAUAUCGUUUAUAGAGUAAUCGUUGAAGAAAGAAGAA